CCUGUCACGCGAUCGUCGGGAAAACCCCAGAAUAUUUUUGUCUUGAACUGAACUGAAGUCAACUUAUGUGCAUUAACGUACAUGUCAGGUUCUCAGGACUACAGUUGAGUUUACAUAUUCUUUGGUGAGGUAAACUGGCUUCAAACGUAAAGUUUAUGUAUCGCAAGACAAGACCAAGCAAGACCACAGACUACUGCAGCAAGUACGAGGUGCGUGCCCCAAAACAGAGACCUUGUUUACUAUAGAAGAAGUUAUUCAUCGGCUUGGCCUGGGUGUACUAAAUUGUUGUAUAAACUGCCGGCUGGCACAAUCUUUUCGGUUAGCAAGCGAAACGAUUGAGCUACCUGUUACUACUGAGGAUGGUUCCUAGGCUAGGCUGGGGAGAGUUUUUUUGAAAGCUUAAAAACUCACUUAUCCUGACAAUCUGUAACCACGCAUAGUUCCUGAUCUGAUAACGCCACCAUAGUCCCACCCAGGACACACUAUAACACAUUUUAAAUCUUCCCACACAUACUACCACCCUCGUUUGGCUUUUACCGGCGUUCACAAAGCUUGCCCGUGUUAAUAAUGGUCGCCACUGUGCUAGCCUCCUUCAUGGCCUUACACGGGCGUCUAUUGUUGAGUUGGCGGGGUGGGGUUUAGGUUGCUGACCAAUGCAACGAGGUGUAACUAUAUCUAUGGUCACGGGUAACAUUAAACCUCCAGGUGCCUUUGUAUUCAGUCACUUACAAAGACUAUUUACGUAGGCCUUACGCGGUGGAAAGUCCCGACAAUGGCACUGUGGAGAGUCCCGCCUGAAUCAGAGGAAAAAUCUACUGGCUGAGUUCACUCUUUUGUUAAAAAUCUAGUCGUCAGGUAAGGUUGAGAAAAUGUCCGAUAACGAUAUGACCAGCAUAACAAGCAAGUUAAAGCACCUGCAGGUGUGGCUUGGGAGUAAGGACGAUGACAAAGUCGGUUACGGACUGGCACUGAGAGAAGCCAUUAUUACAGCGGACCAUUUCAUGGAGUCAGAAGUCCUGAAAGGUCUUGGAGACCUGCAUCUUCGGAAAGGAAGGGUUCGGAAAGAUUCAGCAGAGUUUGACAAAGCUGCUGCCCUGUAUGCUGCUGCCCUACUGCGCUGCACAGAUCCAGACAUGGGACAAACACUGGAACAUCGUAUCGGCUACAUGGAGAAACUCUCCAGACAACUGCUGGAGGGGUACAGUCCACAGUACAGGUGGUUGUCACCAGACUACUGGGGUACUGCUGACAGCAAUGUCUUAAGGGUGGCAGAAAUCUGUGAAAGGUUGGACCAAAAAAUGAAGAACCAAAUAUGGCCAUCUGUACAGGAUAUCUAUACACAAGAACUUGUGACUGCCAUUGAAAAUGGCGACGUGUUGUUGGAACAAGAGAUUCUAAAAUCUUUAGGAGAUUCGUACUUUGAGGAGGGGAAGAAAACGUUUUCUGCAUCACGACUGUCCGAUGCAGCUGCCAUGUACAACAAGGCACUGAAAAUAUGUGAGGGGCAAGGGGCAAAAGAAACUCUGCGCCAUCGUAUCAGGCACUUGGACAGGGUCAAGGAAGCAGUGAAAUGGAAACCUUCCCGAAAGAAGUCAAGACCGACGGAGCUGAGAAGAUCACGAGUAGAGGGCCAGUUGGGGGACACCACAGGAACUGACGUCAAGCAAGGCCAGCCUUUCCGUCCUGACAUACAGAGCCAAACAAGAGUGCACCUGGAUAGUGUUGCACCUGGAGCUGUUCAAGACGAAAAAGACGCCGACAGUCAGUACAAGGACCAAAUAAAGGAGGGUGACUCCUCCCUUGCCAGAGCAGACCUGGACUCAGCAGAGCAGCACUUUGCAGCUGCACUCAAGAUGGUACAUAUCAGAGAUUCCCCAGCUCAGCAGUACCAGAGAGAGGUGGAGCCCCUGUGCAAGUUGGGGGAUGUCUACAGUAAGCGAGGUCAGCAGACAGGAGACGGGGGAGACUUUGUCAAAGCAGCAGCACUCUACAAUGCAGCAAUAGCCAGGUCAGAGGGUCAAGUCCUCAAUGGUAACUUAGAAAUAACUAUUAUAGAUGUAGAGAAGUCAUUUCAUACAUAUUGCUUAGGCAUUCAAUGUAGUGUAAUACAAGAUGGUACAAAAAGACACAAGAAACAACUGAAGGAGAUGCGGGACCAGAUCAAGCUGGAGAUGGAAACCAUUGACCAGCAGCUGGAUCCCUAUGUACAUGAUGAGGAUGACCCACGUGUCAAACAGAUAGAGGCAAAACGAGCUCAGGCUGUCAGAAAGUUGUUUGAGAACAUUGCACAACAAAGGAAGGAGUUCAUCAGCCAGCUAGUAGAAGAGUGUAUUGGGUUAAUGGGUCCCCCUCCCUGUAAGUAUGCCCUGAUAGGAUUGGGUUCACAGGCCACAGGACUGGUAACUCCAUACUCAGACCUGGAGUUUGCCAUCUUGGUUGAGGAAGAAAGUGAAGAAUAUCUUGUAUAUUUCCGUAACCUCACCCACUAUCUCCACCUCAAGGUGGUCAACCUGGGAGAAACCAUACUCCCAGCAUUAGGAAUAAAAAGCCUGAAUGAUUUCUACUCAGAGAACCCCCUUGACAACUGGUACUAUGACUCUAAAUACGAGGAGUGA